GUAUUUGUCGGUGAGCUUCCUCAAGAUUUUCUUCGCAUUACCCCAACCCAGCAGCAACAGCAAAUCCAGCUGGAUGCCCAGGCAGCUCAGCAGCUACAGUAUGGAGGACCAAUGGGUACAGUAGGCAGACUCAGCAUUACUGUAGUACAGGCAAAAUUGGCAAAGAACUAUGGAAUGACCCGCAUGGAUCCAUAUUGUCGAAUACGUCUGGGAUAUGCUGUGUAUGAAACUCCAACAGCACAUAAUGGAGCCAAGAACCCCCGCUGGAACAAAGUUAUUCAGUGCACUGUUCCUCCGGGUGUGGACUCUUUUUAUCUAGAGAUAUUUGAUGAGCGGGCCUUUUCAAUGGAUGACCGCAUUGCUUGGACACACAUUACAAUUCCUGAGUCUCUGAAACAAGGAAAUGUGGAGGAUGAAUGGUAUAGCCUGAGUGGAAGGCAGGGUGAUGACAAGGAAGGAAUGAUUAAUCUGGUUAUGUCGUACACGUCUUUGCCAGCUGCCAUGAUGAUGCAGCCCCAGCCAGUGGUCCUGAUGCCCACUGUAUAUCAGCAAGGAGUUGGAUAUGUGCCUAUAGCAGGGAUGCCUGCUGUCUGUAAUCCAGGCAUGGUACCUGUGGCAAUACCACCUCCUGCAGUCAACCCUCAGCACCUGUGUAAUGAAGAGGACCUGAAAUCUAUCCAGGACAUGUUUCCCAACAUGGACAGGGAAGUAAUCCGCUCAGUGCUAGAAGCUCAGAGGGGGAACAAAGAUGCAGCUAUCAACUCCUUGCUUCAGAUGGCUGAAGAAUCAUAGAUUCCCGCUUCCUGCUUAGUCCCCAUCCUCGAUGCCACUUAUUUUUACUUGCCAAGCCAGGGAUUUAGCUAGAGGAAGAAUUUCCCAGCAGCUUUCUGUUAGCACAUCCUGUGUGAAAGAUUAUACCCCUUUUCUCCUUGGACAUUUGAAUCUUUUUCACUUUCUU